UAUUUGAAGGAUUGGCAUUUGCUACUGGAUUUGUCUCUACAACUGUUGUGUAUGUAAGGCAGAAAAUACUAGAUCAUCGAAUGCUACGCCGAAUUCAAAGGCAAUUGGCAAGUGGAGUUUGAAUAGACAGAUUAAUUUGAAAUGGAUGGACUGUAUGUAGAAGUAGCAGAGGAGCCCGGAAGUUCAGCUAAUGUGCUAGCACCACUGGAAACUGCUGUAUGCCUCUUUGCUGUGGAUUACCUGCAGUUGCACAAUGAAGUGUCAGUGGCAUUUAUAGUGAAGAAGACUAAUGAUCAUGAACCACUCCUCAUUGACAUAUCAAAAUUACAGUAUUGUGUAGUCAGUGAGCCUCCACCUACCUCUAAGCUGUGUCGCUUACCACUCAUACUAACUGUUUCUGGCAGAAUUUGUGUGGCAGGUCUAUGCAGUGUUUUGCGCCAACUUGUUAAGAUGUGCCCUGCCAGUUCUGGAGCACAACAGCUAUUAGGUUUUCGUCAGGGCUGCCUUGUAGCUUCAGCUGAGUCUUCACUUUGGACACGCUUCUGUGAAGUGGAUAUGGUUUGUACUGUUAAGCAUAUUCUUAGUUCCAAACUGCAGGCAGGAGAAGUAAUGCUUCCUCUUGAUUUGGCACGUUUUGAGAUUCACAUGAGCCAACCUGUUCGUAUUCACAAUAUUGGGAAGCAAAAAAAUGAUGCACUUAAGUGUAACCUGGCAAAUGUGAUAGAACACACAUUUUCCGAAGGACCAAACAUGACACUUGCGGACAUCAUGUUGCUGCCAUGCAUCCACAUUUUAUUUCAAGCACUUAAUGUGGUUUAUCUUAAGCAGCACAUUCCCUUAAUGAUAAAAUGGUAUGAGAAUAUGCUGCUGCAGAAUGGUGUGAGGGAAGCGCUCUCUGUUAUUAAAGACGUUACAAGUAGAGUGUCUGAUUACUCGUAUAUCAGUUACGUUCUUCCUCAGGUGGAAGAAUACAGCCUUUACAAAAGUGAUCCUAAACGUUACAAACCAAAGAGCAGGAUAUUUACACAUCAAACGGAAGUUGAAGAGUCACUGAGAAUAGUUUCACAGUUGGGAAUAUUCCCUCGUAAAGCACAGAUGCCAUUUGGAAAUGAAGUACCAUUUGACUGGUCAUGCCUCCCAUACAGAUCACUGCCUGAAGGUGGCAAUAUUCCACCAUCAAGAAUGCUGAGGAAGAAACAGCAGUUGGAAAAUUUAGCUAAAGCCGUUUUAAAAAUUGCAGAACCUGGAUUCACUAUAGUUGAUUUCUGUUCAGGCACUGGACAUUUGGGUAUAAUACUUGCUUAUAUGCUUCCACGUUGCCGCAUAGUCCUGUUAGAAAAUAAGGAGGAGUCUUUGAAUCGUGCCUGGGAAAAAGUCUCUCUCUUAGGAUUGUCAAAUAUUGAUCUUUGUCAAACAAAUCUAGAUUACUUUGAUGCAUCAUUUGAUAUUGGUGUAUCCCUGCAUGCAUGUGGUGUAGCAACAGAUUUAGUAAUUCAGUGCUGUAUUACUCAGAAGGCUGCAUUUGUAUGUUGUCCGUGUUGUUAUGGAGGUGUCCAAGAUAAUCAUGUCUUGAGUUAUCCUCGCAGUAAAGAAUUUCGCAAUUCAAGCUUGAAUGUUCAUGAUUAUUUAGUAUUAGGCCAUUGUGCAGACCAGACACAUGGAUCUGAAAAUGCUAAGACAGUUCAGGGACAUAUGUGCAUGUAUGUUAUAGAUACUGACCGUUGUCUUUAUGCCAAAGAACAUGGCUAUACUGCACACAUAGGAAAGUUGAUACCAGAAACAUGUACUCCAAAAAACAAUCUUAUAGUUGGAAUUCCUCCAGGAAGGAAAUAUCUUUGUAAUGCAUUUAGUUAACAUACUACCAUGUUUACCUUUAAGAAAUGGAACAAGUAUUGUUUCAGGAAAUAUAAAUAAAUUUUAUGAUUUUUAUGUUCGUUUUUAGACCAACAAUAAAAACUGUAAUUUUGAUAAUUAUUGUAUUAACAAUUAUUGUUUUUAUGUAAGUAUUGUGUGUGUGUUAAUAAUGAAAUUAUUUAUAUUUUUAA